AUUAAAUAUGAAAUUAGGAAAUUCCAAAUCUUUCUGAACUGUAAUUUUUUGGGGAAUUUACCGCGAAAGAAUCUGAACAUGAUAUAUAAAGGAUUUACCUUUUUGUUUGGUUUUUGACCCGCGCUAUAUUUACGUAUUUAUUAUUGUGAGGAGUUCAUGUGCUAGUUGUGUCUGUAGGCCGGAUUGUUUCCUGGAUUUCUCUAACAAAUUUCGUGAUAUUUGGUAGCCUUUUACGAUGUUUUGGUUGUAUUUGAAUUGAAUUGUAAAUAGGAUCACUGAAAUUCCCACCCUCGCGUUCAUUCUGUUGGAAUUCCCGUAUUUGUCACCAGCCGUCAGGAGUAGGUAUUUCUCUGUGUUUUUCGUGAGAAUGGUGAAUCAUAGCAGUGCUAAUAAUCAUCAAGGAGGCCGUCGUGGUGUUGGAGGUGGAGGAGCCACCCGAUCAUGGGGCUCAACUGUUUCCGGCCAAUCUAUGUCGACUAGCGGCAGCGGGCCAGCUAGCGUGAUUGAGGCUGCCGCGGCAACUCCGGCCACUGAUAGCAAAUUCAGUCGGUUAAACAAUCUUGAUGUCCAAGGCGAUGAUGCUGGCAAUAGAAAGAAGAAGAGAGGUCAGAGUGCAGUCGCAGGUGAUAAGAGUGGUAGAGGCCUCCGUCAAUUUAGCAUGAAAGUGUGCGAGAAACUGGAAAGUAAAGGCAGAACUACGUAUAAUGAGGUGGCAGAUGAACUUGUUGCUGAAUUUGCAGGUCCCAAUAACAAUCUUGGAUCUCCAGACCAGCAACAAUAUGACGAGAAAAAUAUACGAAGAAGGGUAUAUGAUGCUUUAAACGUGCUCAUGGCAAUGGAUAUCAUUUCUAAAGAUAAAAAGGAAAUACAAUGGAAGGGUCUACCUCACACUAGCUUGAGUGAUAUUGAAGAACUGAAGACUGAACGUGCUGGGCACAGAAGCAGAGUUGAAAAGAAAGGGGUAUAUCUGAUGGAGCUGGAGGAACAAUACGUUGGUCUUGAAAACCUCAUACAUCGCAAUGAGAAACUGUAUGGCUCAGGAAAUGUUCCUGAUCGUCGAGUGAUGUUGCCUUUUAUUUUGGUGCAGACUCGUCCUCAUGCUACUGUGGAGGUGGAAAUAUCAGAAGAUUUUCAGUUGGUGCAUUUUGAGUAUAAUAGCACUCCUUUUGAGCUACAUGAUGAUAACUACGUUCUCAAGGCAAUGAAACUUUCCGAGAAAACACAAGUUGAAGAUGCUGCUGCGCGAACAGAUGGAGGUGAAAGGUCGAGGACGCCAAAUGUCAACCAACCGCGGUUAGUUCGUGCUUUAAGGUCAAGCAUUUCGGGUAGGCUUCCCACCUUACCUGCUCUUCCCAGUAUUCUCAAGCCACGCAUUAGGCAUGAGCAUUAGUUUGUUGCAUGAAGCUUUUGAGCCUCUCUGGUAUUUGUGUGUAAAAGGAAAUAGAAUCUGAUACCUAUUUAUAGCCUUCUUUUACCUCAAACAAUAUUCACUAGGAUUUUUCUUUAUCAAUUUAGCGAUGAGCAAUAAUUUACCAGAAAGUUAUAUAACCUAAAGUUCUAUGGUCUUUAAUUAAA